AAAAAACAAAAGGUCUUUUUCAAGAAACUCCUCUCCUCUGACGUUUCUCCACACUCAAAUCUCAAUUAAGAUCUUGUGCAAGCAAAGACUGUUACUAAUCUCUCUGUUUCUUCCCAAAACUUUUUCUUUUUGGUCGGAGAUCGAAUAAACAAGAAGACAUGGCUGCACCUGCCAUGAGGAUCGUGUUCGGUCUAUUGACAUUUGUCACUGUCGGAAUGAUCAUAGGUGCCUUGUUACAAUUGGCCUUUAUUGAUAGAUUGGAAGAUUCAUACGGAACUGGAUUUCCAUCCAUAAGAGGACUUCGAGGACAAAGCGCCCGAUAUCUUCGAGAUGUUUCCCGGUGGGCAAAUGACAAAGAUGCAGAAAUAUUACGGCUUGGCUAUGUUAAGCCUGAAGUAGUUAGUUGGUCCCCUCGAAUUAUUGUGCUUCAUAACUUUCUUAGCUCAGAGGAAUGUGAAUACUUAAAAGCAAUCGCUCGGCCUCGCCUUCAGGUCUCCACUGUUGUCGAUAUAAAAACAGGAAAGGGAGUUAAAAGUGAUGUGAGGACAAGCUCUGGAAUGUUUUUAACUCAUGUAGAAAGAAGUUAUCCAAUGAUACAGGCAAUUGAAAAGCGAAUUGCAGUCUUCUCUCAAGUACCAGCGGAGAAUGGAGAACUCAUUCAAGUCCUAAGAUACGAGCCGAACCAAUUUUACAGACCGCAUCACGAUUACUUUGGUGACACUUUCAAUUUGAAGCGUGGUGGUCAACGCGUAGCAACAAUGCUAAUGUAUUUAACAGAUGACGUUGAAGGAGGAGAAACUUAUUUUCCUUUGGCUGGUGACGGUGAAUGCACUUGUGGUGGCAAAAUCAUGAAAGGCAUCUCCGUGAAACCCACCAAAGGAAACGCAGUGCUCUUCUGGAGCAUGGGACUUGAUGGACAGUCAGAUCCGAAUAGCAUACAUGGGGGAUGUGAAGUCCUGUCUGGAGAGAAAUGGUCAGCUACCAAAUGGAUGAGACAAAAAGCUACUUCUCGAAGGAUUUGAAAAACUUAUACAACCAAAGGAACCAGAGGGACUUAUACUGCAAAUGUUAUAGAAUCUUAGAGCUUUAGUAUAUUUUCAUUUUGACCUUUGAAUUUUAAAAGCUAUCAUUUGCAUACACAUGAAUAUGGAGGUGUUUUUUUCA